CAUAGAAUGCCACAUCAGCGUAAUAAGGGUCAUGCGCAUGGAAAUUUUGUAGGGUUCACCACUUUUAGCAUUUCCCAUCUGAAAAUUCAACUAAACCAUUGAAAACAAAGACCUCGCAUAUAAAGUUCGAAUUCAGCUGAAAACAAAUACUCAUGCAACAAACAAAGAGAGAAAUGGAGAAGAAUCAGAUCUGGCUAACCUUAGGGACUUUAACCUUGUUGUUUGUAUCAGCUCUAGCGGACGAUGUCGUUGUGCUAACAGAGGAGAACUUCGAUAAGGAGGUUGGUCAGGACAGAGGAGCGCUCGUUGAGUUCUAUGCUCCUUGGUGUGGGCACUGUAAAAAGCUUGCUCCCGAGUAUGAGAAGCUUGGCGCAAGCUUUAAGAAAGCUAAGUCUGUUCUGAUCGGAAAGGUGGACUGUGAUGAGCAGAAGAGCAUAUGCAGCAAGUAUGGCGUUUCAGGAUACCCAACAAUUCAAUGGUUUCCUAAGGGAUCUUUGGAACCCAAAAAGUAUGAAGGGCCACGUACUGCAGAAUCUCUUGCUGAGUUUGUGAAUAAUGAAGGAGGGACCAAUGUGAAGAUAGCUGCUGUUCCAUCCAAUGUGGUGGUGCUAACAGCAGAUAACUUUGAUGUAGUAGUCUUGGACGAGUCCAAAGAUGUUCUGGUUGAGUUUUAUGCACCUUGGUGUGGCCAUUGCAAAAACCUUGCUCCUACAUAUGAAAAGGUGGCCACAGCAUUUAAAACGGAAGAAGAUGUGGUAAUUGCUAAUUUGGAUGCUGACAAGUACAAGGAUCUGGCAGAAAAGUAUGGAGUAAGUGGAUAUCCUACAUUGAAAUUCUUCCCCAAGGGCAACAAAGCUGGUGAAGACUAUGAUGGUGGCAGAGAUUUAGAUGACUUUGUCUCUUUCAUCAAUGAAAAGUGUGGUACCAGCCGAGAUGGAAAAGGACAACUUACAUCAAAAGCUGGUAUAGUUGCACAACUGGAUGCCUUGGUAAAGGACUUUGUAGCUGCCAGCAGUGAUGAGAAGAAGGCAGUUUUUGCCAAGAUAGAAGAGGAAAUUGGGAAGCUACAGGGUUCCAGUGCAAGGUAUGGAAAGAUUUACCUGAAAGUUGCAAAGAGUUAUAUGGAGAAGGGUUCUGAUUAUGCCAACAAGGAGAUUGACAGGCUUCGGCGCAUGCUUGACAAGUCAAUCAGCCCGGCCAAGGCAGACGAAUUCACCCUGAAGAAAAAUAUUCUAUCAGCAUUUGCUUGAUUUAAGUGUAUCAUUGUGUUACCGUCAUCUUACAAAGGAUUACUGGUUAAUUUUAAUCUGUUUGAUGAAGAGGGUGGAUCAGUGCCACUUGAUGAUACUAGAAAUUUGUUUGAGCAGAGCUUUUACUUUCGGUGAUGAUCUGUAGGCCUUGAUUUUAUUAAAUGAGCACACGUGUGCAGAGCUUUUUAUA